GUGGAGUAGAGGAGGAGUGGGCUCGUAGUCUUGGAGUCUGUGGUUCCAGGCUGUCACCGUCUCCAGGGAGCGUGGCUCUGCGUUUUCCCCUCUCCUCCCCUCUGUUUUCAGUCUCUCCUCCCUCUCUCCCGGGUCCAGCUCAACACCUGCUCCUCCAGUAGGCACAGUAGGCCCGGGCAGGGGUUCCUAAGCAACUGGAGGCAACGCCAGGAGUUCAUUUAGCCUUUGUUUUCCCUCUCCCUGACUUGCUUUUUCUAUCCAGAAUUGAGGCAAACCAGCUGUACAGAUGAAUCCAGUUGAUGCAUGAGGUUACAGUCAAUGUUUAACGCCACUAGCUGGCGUGCUGUGUGGCGCCACUUUGGGUGAUCAAAGUCUAAAGGCAAACUGUCACUGUGCUGGAGAGUGUGGCGUCCCACGUGUUUCCUGCUAUUCACGGAAUAAACUGUGGCUACCAUGACAACAGAGGCAAGCGCGGUGAGCGAGGCGGACACUGAGGGCAAGCAGAAGACCAGCGGCGCCGAACCCGAACCGGAGAGCAAGCAGAAGCCGGAGGCGGCGGCGUCCGAUCCGGAGGGGGAGCAGUCGAGCAAGAAGGCCCAGGAGCAGGCCUCCGAGCCUGGACCCGCAGACGUCGCUACCUCCCCCGAGGAGGAGCAGCUGAAGCCUCGCACCAGAACCUCCGCCGGAAAGGGCCUGUCCCGGCUCUUCUCCAAUUUCCUCAAGCGCCGCUCGCAGUGCUCCGAGGGAGAGGGCUUCGAGGCGGAGAAAGCCAGAGAGGAAAAGGCGGACAAAGAGGAAAAAGCUGACAAAGCAGAGGAAGAGAAGGUGGAAGAGGUGAAAAGUGACGACAAGGAGGCUAAAGCUGAGGAGGAAAAAACCGAGGUCACGGAAGCGAAGAAGAAAGAAGAAAAAGUAGAAGAAAAAGAGGAAAAAAAGAAAGUGGAAGAAAAGGUUGAGAAGAAAGGAAGUAAAAAGAAAAAGAAAGAAGCCAAGAAGAAAGCAGAGGAGAAGGAUGAGGAGAAAGUGACCAAGGAGGAGACGAAAAAGAAGGAGGAGACGUUGAAAAAGAAAGAGGAAGCAAAAGAGGAGGAGAAGCCGACUGUAGAGAAGGAGGAAAAACAGGAGACAAAAGAAGAAGAAGAAGAAAAGAAGGAGACUGCUGAAGUUAAAGACAAGGGGGUGGAGGCUGGAAAGAAACAGGAGGAAAAAGUUGACAAGAAGGUGGCAAAGAAGAAAGAAAAAGAGGAAAAGGUGAAGAAGAAGGAGGAGGAGAAGGCGAAAAGGAAAGCAGAGGAAGAGGAGAGGAUAAAAAAGCGAGAAGAAGAGAAAGCAAAGAAGAAGGAGGAAGAAAAAGCCAGAGAGGCCGAAAAAGCGAAGAAGAAAGAGGAGGAAAAGGUGAAAAAGAAGGAGGAGGAGAAGGCGAAAGAGGAAAAGGCAAAAAAGGAGGAGGAGAAGGCGAAAGAGGAAAAGGCAAAAAAGAAGGAAGAGGAGAAAAUAAAGGAGUUGAAAAAGAAAGAAGAGCAGAAAACGAAAGAGGAGCCCAAAAAGAAAGAAGAGGAGAAGGUGAAGGAAGAGGUGAAGAAGAAGGAAAAGGAGGAGGAGAAGACGGAAGAAAAACCGAAGAAGGAAGAGGAGAAAGGGAAGAAAAAGGGUAAAAACAAAGGAAAGAAGGAGGAGAAGGAGGUGAAAGGAUCGAGUGAGGAGCAGGUGAAAGCGCCGAUCGCUGCUCCGGAGCCUGAGCUGAAAACUGAACCUGAAGCUGAACAGGCUCCAGAUCAGCACUCAGAUCAGCACUCGGUGAGCAGCGCAGAGAUACAGCCAGCUCAAGAGGAGGGAAAAGGAGAAGCUGUGAUAAAGAAGGAGCCUGAAGUGGUGGAAGAAGUGAGAAAGGAAGACGUGGAGGAGAAAGUGGAAGAACCGGCAGAGCAGCAGCAGGAGGAGGAAGCAGCAAAAGGAGAGGAAAAGGCAACAGAGCAGGCGAAGAAAGAGAAGCCCGUGAAAGAGAAGAAGACGGAAAAGAAGACGGAAGAGGCUAAAGGCUCGAAACGUCAGAAAACCAUGCAAUGCAAAGUCACCUUACUGGACGACACUCAGUUUGAGUGCGAGCUUGAUAAACAUGCUAAAGGCCAAGAACUCCUCACAAAGGUGUGCGACCAUGUCAACCUGGUGGAGAAGGAUUACUUUGGCCUUGCAAACUGGGAAACUCCAACCAACAAGACGUGGUUGGAACCCACCAAAGAGAUCCGGAAACAGGUUUCAGGUGCUGUCUAUGAGUUUACAUUCAACGUCAAGUUCUACCCUCCAGAUCCAGCACAGCUCACUGAAGACCUCACCAGGUACUUUCUCUGUCUCCAGCUGAGGAAGGACAUCAUGCGAGGUGUUCUCCCCUGUUCCUUCGUCACGCUGUCCCUGCUGGGCUCCUACACGGCCCAGUCAGAGCUAGGGGAAUACGACCCAGAGCUCCAUGGAUCGGACUACGUAAAAGACCUGAGCCUGGCCCCCGGACAAAACAAGGAGCUGGAGGAAAAAGUGAUGGAGCUGCACCGCACAUACAGGUCAAUGAGCCCAGCACAAGCAGAUAUGUUGUUUCUUGAAAAUGCCAAGAAACUUGCCAUGUAUGGAGUUGACCUGCACCAAGCCAAGGAUCUUGAUGGUGUUGACAUCACGUUGGGGGUUUGCUCCAGCGGUUUGAUGGUUUACAAGGACAAGCUGAGGAUCAACCGUUUCCCUUGGCCCAAAGUGCUCAAGAUCUCGUACAAACGGAGUAGCUUCUUCAUCAAAAUCAGGCCGUCGGAGCAAGAACAGUAUGAAAGCACCAUCGGCUUCAAGCUGCCCAACUACAAAGCCUCGAAGAAGCUGUGGAAAGUCUGCGUCGAGCAUCACACCUUCUUCAGGGUUUCGACAGUGGAGCCUCCCUCAUCGCGUCGCUUCCUCGUCUUGGGCUCCAAGUUCCGGUACAGCGGUCGCACUCAGGCCCAGACCCGCCAGGCGAGCUCCAUGAUCGACCGCCCGGCUCCUCGCUUCACACGUUCCGCGAGCAAGAGGCUGUCUCGUAACCUGGACGGAGCUGGAGAUGAGACUCUCCAGUUUCUGCAACAACUUUCAUCCCCGAUCAGGUCUGAGGAGGAUGAUUGGUCGCUAGUGAUAGCGUCGGACAAACCGCAGCCUUCUCUUGAUUUCUCAGCCAGAGGGGAGUCUGAGCAGGCUUUCACUCAGUCCUGGGAGGAGGGGCAGUCGGUUCGCACAGUCACAGUAACCUGGCAGAGCUCUGACACUGGGAACAUGGCCUCUGAAACCCAGACAGUCAGUCAGCCAUGGCAGGAGCUGGCAACUGAUGGGCAGCAGCAGAGGAGAAAGGAAGAUGAGUGGUCUGAGCUUCUGCACGGACAUCCUCCGUUUCCAUUUGUCCCUCCCUUUGAUUUAGUGAAACAGCCAGCUAAACUCAGCUUGGUAAAAAUGAGCUCUAUGGACCGACUGUUGCAACCUGCACUGACACAGCAAGAUGACUGGUUCCUGUACUUUGACCGAAUGUUCCGUUUAUCUUCCACUGAGCGCGUUGAAAAACCUACAUUGUCUCCUGUAGCCCAGCUCCAGGAGGAGGAGCAGAUCAUGUAUGUGACAGAACAGGAGCUGAUCACUCAGGAGGUCACUGAGAGGAUGCAGGAAACUGUGAUCUUGGCAGACAAGAUGAAAGAGGCAGUAGUUUUGGAAGGGAAGCUGAGAGAAGUGAGGAACUUGGAGGAAAGGCUUGAAGUAAUGGAUGAGAUGGCAGUGAAACUUCGGCUAGCAAUAGAGAAAGAAUUGGGGAAGGAAGAGGUAGAAAAGUUAAUGCAAGAAGAGAGAGAAAUGGAGCAGGAGCAACAAAUGCAAACCAAACGUGUAACACAAACUCUGGUGAGGAAAUCUGUGAGGAAGACGGAGACAAAAGAGGGUGAGGUGGAUGAACUGGAAGAUCAAAUAAAGGAGGUGUUUUUAAAAGGCCUGUUGGAUGAAGAGGCGGAGGAGGCUGUGGUGAGGCAGGAGAGCGUAGAAGAGGUGACGGGAGACGAGAAUCUGUUAGAUGAUAGCAUGAGAGAGAAGCUACGCCAGAUAGAAAAGGAAUGGCAAGAUGAGGUGGAGGAGAAGUUCGGCUCUCCAGAUGUUGUCGGCACAACUUCAGUAGUGUCGUUCCAGAAGGUGGAGUGUAAAACUGUGAGGAAGGUGACUAUUGUAGAAGAUGGAGAGCAGCAAGAUGUGCAGGUGCAGUCUGGCGAAACUUCAGAGGAGAGGUUAGAAAAGCAGGACUUAUGGCGUAAGACAGACUUAGUAGUGGAGAGGACACUGAAAGAGGCUACAGAGAGGCUUCAGGCUCCAGAAUUUGAAGAUUUGUGGUUCAUUCUUUUUGACCGUCCUCCAUACAAGGCUGUUUUCAAACCACCAGUAGUUCCCACCGUGCAGCGAGCUCAGGUGGAUGAAGGCGAGUACUUCACUUCAGAGACUGAGAUUAAAACACUUGAGGCCAAAACUGAAAUUAUAAUAGAGGAGAAGCAAAUAGAAGAGGAAGUGUCGCAUGUACCAGAGAUCCAACAACCACAGAGCGUCACAGAAAGGGUGGAUGAUUGGUUUGUGCUGCUGGAUGUUAUACCCAAAGAAACACCUUAUGUACCACCAGUUGUAUCGAAGGAUAGAGCCAAGAUAGACGACGAAAGUUUUAUCUCUGUGGCUGCAACUGUGGAAGUUGAAGUGAGUAAAGAAGUAGUAGUUGAAGAGAGAAAGAUGAUAGAAGAGACCCCAAGAUAUCUACAAGAAACCCCAGCAGAGCCAGUGGCAAUCAGAGAUGAUGACUGGUUUGUGUUACUGGAUGUUCUUCCCAGAGAAGCAACAUACGUACCACCAGUUGUUGUUGCAAAGCAGGUGUCUCCAGAAGAUCGUGUCUCUCUGAUUGAAGUAUCAGCUGUUCAGCAGAGAGAAAAACGAGUGGCGAUUGUAGUUACAGAAGCUGAAAUACAGCAAAAGCUGAGUGAAAAACAAGUUGUAGCUCCGCUGCAAAGUGUGAAAGAGAGAGAAGAUGACUGGUUUGUGCUGCUGGAUGUUCCUAUUAGAGAAUCAGCAUUUGAGCCUCCAGUUACCGUUUCUGAGUAUGUUGAGCUUUAUGAAAGAGAAAGCAUCUCUACAGCGGUAGAGUCCACGAGGGAGGUUGUUAUCCAAGAGACUGUGGUGCAGAAAAAGGACAUAAAGCCUCCCAAGCAAGUUAUUCCAGAGCAGCAAAUAUUCCAGCCAGUGGUAGAGAGAGAGGAUGAUUGGUUUCUGCUGCUGGAUGUUGUUUCCAAAGAGACUUCCUAUGUGCCUCCAGUUUCUGUGCCGCUACCAACUAAAAUCUAUCCAGUUAUUUCAACUGAAGUAAAAAGAAUAGAGCAGAAGGUUCAGACUGACAUUGACCAGAUAAGACCGCAGGUUUCCCAGCCACUUCCAGACAGAGAUGAUGACUGGUUUGUUCUGUUUGAUGCUGUUCGUGAAAAGGCAGUCAUAGUACCAACAGUUACUCCAGUUAAGAUUAUUCUGGAUGUGAAGAAGGCCUUUGAGGCUGAGGUGACAACCACAGAGACUAGAACGUGGAAGAAGACAAUAAUUGGUAUGGACAGCAGGCAGGACGAGGCACGUCUGUCUGAAAUUAGACCGAGCCAAAUUGCACCACUAUCAGAGAGACAAGGAGGAGAUAAUUGGUUUAUCCUGUUCGACAUGAUCCGCGAAAAGCCUGUUGUCAUGCCACCAGUCACUGUGGUUAGACGUGUUGUUGAUGUCGUGACGCCUGCUGAACCGAAACCAAAAUUUAUCAUGGAAGAUGUGAGGCCGUCUGUGAAGCUGGUGGAAGUGAAACCACAAGAGUCAAGAAAAGUGGAUGAUGACUGGUUUGUGCUGCUGGAUGUUGCAGCUAAACUUCCAGUGGCUGUGGACGAACAUGUCCGAAUGUAUCCUGAAGUGCAACCAGCUAAAAAGAUUGCAGUCAGAGAGCAAAGGGUACAACAGAGAGUCACUAUAGUGAAGGAGGUAUGGCAGCAGGAGUAUGAAAUACAGCAGAAACCACAUCCAGCAGUGAGAGAGGUGGAGGAUGACUGGUUUGUUCUUCUGGAUGUGGCUCCUAAGAAAUCAGUUGCUGUCGCAGAGCGUAUCCAGUUCCCAGCAGCGGUCAGAGCUCCGGCUGCUGUGGCCACAAAGAGGAUUACUAUUUCUGAGACGAGACCGCAGUUUGAGAAACGGAUCCUGGAGGAAAGACGGCCUGUCACACGUACACAUGUCAGUGAUGAUUGGUUUGUUCUGCUAGAUGUUGGCCUCAAAGAGUCAGUUGUGAGCACACAGCGGGGCACUCGUCCCGUCAGCGCUCCGGUCUUCUCCCAUGCUGCCCUGAUGGAGGCAGGCAUCCCCAUGGCAACUCUGGAUCAGCCUCAGACCUCCACCCCAAUCAAAACCAGCAUGGAGGAGAGGAAACUGGAAGUCACCGUAGAAGCUGUGGAGCCUUCAAAGAUCGAAGCUGAGGUCAAGCCAGCAGUGUGGAGGGACCAGAGAGGCUCUUCACUGAUAUCCGCCGUCAAUGGGGACAUUCAGCACGAGAUGACGAGCUCGGAGGUGGUGCGAAUGCGAAAGAAAAGAGCUAAGAAAAUUGAGGGUGACUCAAUUUAUAUCAGACAUAGCCUUUUAAUGUUGGAGGAGUUCGAUAAGCCUCAGGAGGACCUGCUCAGGCAUCACGCCAGCAUCAGUGAGCUGAAGAGGAACUUCAUGGAGGCCGUCCCGGAGACAAGGCCGAGCGAGUGGGAUAAGCGUCUGUCCACGCACUCCCCGUUCCGCACUCUGGGCAUCAAUGGCCAGCCUCUGCCCAGUGCAGACGGGCCCCCUCUGGUGCAGACCCAGACUGUCACCAUCACAGCCGCGUCCAACCUCUUAUCCAGUGGCAUCUCCACCACAGAGGUCCCUAUCGUCCCGACCAAGACCUUCACCUAUGAGUCUUCAAAGGUGACAGUUGAUGGAACAGACGAGGACAAAGAUGGCACAUCAGAGUCCCAGACCAUUACCUCAGAGACGACCAGCGGCACCACAGUCACCACCACCACCACUCACAUCUCAAAGGUUGUGAAAAGUGGAUCGUCAGAGACUCGUGUUGAGAAGAGAAUUGUCAUAACUGCAGACUCUGACAUUGACCAAGAUAAGGGGAAGCAUGGCGGAGCAUCAGCAUUGUAACUGAAUCACCACCUUCCUUCUUCCUCCGACUCUCCACCUCUUCGAGAGUGCAGCACUCGACAAACAGUGACCAGCUCUAUUUGCGCACACAUAUCCCAAAAGAAAUAUCAUAAAUCUACACCUCAAAUGAUUACUGACUAGAUAAAUCUUAGUAGAUCCUUUUUUUGUUUUUGUUUUUUCUUCAGUUGAGGUCUUCAUUGUAGGUAGGGCUGCACAGCGCUCAGAUCAGAUGCUUAUAUCAUCCUGAUGUUCUAAAAGCUUAGUUUUAUUGGUUCAAAACCAGCAUUUUUCAGUCGCAUGAUCUCAGUUAUGUUUGCUUUUAAAUGCUUUUAUUUUCCUAGUGGUUUUUACAUUGUGGAUUUUAUACAAACGUACUGUUUCCAUUCUAGUUUAGACCGUAUUAACAGCAUCUAUUCCCUUGGUGCUGCUCGGGGAACGUUAAGACUACAUUCAAGGGAUCUCGUAUUUUUGUUGUUGUUGUUUAUGUGUCUAUUUAAUUCAGGAGACUUUUUCCUUUUUUUCGUGAAAUGACAUACCUCUCGUUAAUAUGUGAACAAAGAUACUCUGUGCUCAAAUUUGGACAGUUUGUUCACAGCUCAGGUACUAAAAAACAAAAAGAAACAAAAACCUAAAUCUCCAACCAGCCAAGAACCAGUAGCCUACACAUUCAUGUAAAUUUUGAAUGAAAUAUUGAUCUAUUUUGAAAUAUUUCUCUAUUUUAUAGAAGUGAUGCUUUUUAUAGUAUUUGUACAAAUUUGAGGUUUUUAAGUUAUUCAUAUCCAUCUGCUCAUUAAAUUGUAGGUUACCAUUGUGCUGUUUACUGAAUUUCGAGGUCUCCAUUUAAGACCGGUCUUGCCUGACACCCUGAAUCAUUCUUAUUCGUUUCCUCUUGUAGUCCACCAAGUCUAUUGAGCUCUUUGCAAUUCCCAUAAGACAGUGGAGUGCUUCCCCUCAGCUCUAUGUUUUGUUCAGUUUUAUAGAAUUGCUUUGAACAUAUUUGGUUGAUAAAAGUUUUACAAGCUUUGGUCUGUUUAUCUCAGGUUUUGAUAUUCUUUGUAAGACUACAGACCUCCACAUGAUUGUAUGAGGAAUGUCCAUGUAUGUAUAUCCAUCUCUAUUGUAAAUGUACAUUUAUGUUCAGUUAAGUGAGGUCAAUAAAUAUACAAGCUUGUCUGUCACAGUAACCACACGUGUAAGAGAUAAAGGCAGCUGCCCCAGUAUAUGUGGCUUUUCUCUCACAGGAGCACAAGUUGUCUUUUUUUUUUUUUUUUACAUGUUCUACCAUACAGUAAUUUAUUUGUAAAGUAGGAACUGUUUCAUGUGAUUUGAUGUACUGUGAUGUUUCGACACAAGCUGGCUUCCAGGCUUCCAUUAGAGAUGUCACGAUGUUAAAUAUUGCAUUCAUUAUCAACCAAGUUUGUAAAGCCUUUUUACCACAUAGUCGAAGUAGUUUGCUCUUCUCACUCGCUGUUUUCUUGUACUUUUUCAUAGAGAAGAAAGUUUAUGAAUCCCCUUUUAGAUAGCAUGUUUGUUAGCAAACUCUUUUUUGCUCACCCAAAAAGAAGCCAUUGGUAUUGUAGCUACAUUGACCGCAAUCUUUCCUGGAUGGAAAAAAAAGUAGAAUUUCACCUUAAGAAAAGAUAGUGUUUAGACGAUGGAAAAUAUUGUUGCUUUGUGACUUAUCCCUGUCUUUUUAUGAAAAAAAUAAAAUAUGCAUUAUUUUGCA